GUGAAGGUAUCAUCUCAACAUAAAAUGGGUGGUUCUACUACGGAGAGUGUGGUGUCGUGCGAAUUUUGCGGCGAGAGAACGGCGGUUCUGUUUUGUAGAGCCGAUACGGCGAAGCUUUGUUUGCCUUGUGACCAGCACGUGCACUCGGCAAACCUUCUUUCGAGGAAGCAUGUUCGUUCUCAGAUCUGUGAUAACUGUAGCAAAGAGCCGGUGUCCGUACGGUGCUUCACCGAUAAUCUCGUCUUGUGUCAGGAUUGUGAUUGGGAUGUUCACGGAAGCUGUUCCUCCUCCGCGACGCACGAACGCUCCGCCGUGGAGGGGUUUUCUGGUUGUCCUUCGGUUUUGGAGCUUGCUGCUGUGUGGGGAAUCGAUUUGGAGGGGAAGAAGAAAGAAGAGGAAGAAGACGAGUUGACUAAGAAUUUUGGGAUGGCGUUGGAUUCGUGGGGUUCUGGAUCUAACUGCGUUCAAGAUCUGAUCGUUCCUUAUGAUGUUUCGAUCAAAAAGCAAAGCUUUAGCUUGGGGAGGUCUAAGAAGGUAGUGAUUAAACAGCUUGAGUUGCUGAAGAGAGGCUUCGUUGGUGGUGACGGCGGAGGAGAUAUCAUGGUUCCGGAGAGAAUUAAUGGCGGAGGAAGCAUUUGUCAGCCAUCUCCAACGACGUCGUUUACAUCUUUGCUUAUGUCAGCAGAGUCCCAAAGUCAUUGUGGUAAUGCUAUGCAAAUGCAAUGGAAUGCUACCAAUCAUAGCAGUGUCCAGAGUACUCAGAUAUGGGAUUUUAACUUGGGACAGUCCAGGAACCCUGAGGAACCUAGUCCAGUUGAAUCUAAAGGCUCUACUUUCACAUUCAACAACGUCACUCAUCUCAAGAACGAUACCCAAACCACCAAUGUGAAAGCUUUCAAAGAGACUUACCAGAAUGAUUCCAUCCGCUCAACUUCCACCAAGGGACAGGAAACAUCUAAGUGCAACAAUAUUCCCGCUGCCAUUCACUGGCAUAAAAGUUCUAACGACUCCAGUGACUUGCAUUGCACGGACCAUAUUGCCAUGACUAGUAAUAGAGCCACAAGAUUGGCGGCAACAACAAAUGCUGAUCUAGAGCAGAUGGCACAGAAUAGAGACAAUGCUAUGCAGCGGUACAAGGAAAAGAAGAAGACACGGAGAUAUGAUAAGACCAUAAGAUAUGAAACGAGGAAGGCGAGAGCCGAGACCAGGUUGCGUGUUAAGGGCAGAUUUGUGAAAGCUACAGAUCCUUAAAUGUCUCUCCACGUUAGGUUUUACAUGCGAGAUCAUAAGUUAGGAACUUUUGUUUUUUCUACUUUCAACUAUCUUGUAAAUCCAAAUGAUCGAUCUUCAGCUGUAUUAAUGUGGCAAGCUUUUUGUAA